AUGCCGGAAAAGCACUUGAUACCCGAGAAGGAGCAAAUCAACUUCACGGGAGAAGAUGAGAUAGAAACCCCCAUCGACUUUGUUACGCUUGGCUCGUGCAUCAUUGACGACAUCUAUCAAGAAUCGCCGCCCAAAUUGUUGUAUUCGAAUGUACUUGGAGGUGCCGGAAUUUACGCAGCUCUUGGCGCGAGGAUUUUCCGGGAAAUCAAAGGCAAUGGGGUGGACUCGAAAUCUGUUGGUAUGAUCGUACAUGAAGGUUGUGAUUUUCCAGUGGAUGCAAAAGUUGAGCUUCAGUCUUGGUGUCUGAGCAGCAUCUUCGUCAGGACGCCGCACAGGUUGACCACUCGCGGGAAGAACGUCUACUCUAAAGAAGGAGUCCGUGACUUUGAAUUCCUGACUCCUAAGAUCCAGGUCGACCACGCAAUGCUCAGUGGUCGUUUCUUGACGUCCAAGAGCUACCACCUCAUCUGCACUCCUAUUCGGUGCAUUGAACUGGUGAAGGGCAUCAUGAGUCGAAGAAAGGCUCUUAAAAACGAACACCCACAAUGGAAUUCUGAUCAAUUCCAGACGCCAUUCAUUGUGUGGGAGCCUAUGGAGCACUGUUGUCGGCCUAGCGAGCUGCAAUCAGUCUUUGAGGCAAUGGAUUUUGUGGACGUAUUUUCGCCCAAUGACCGCGAACUCUUUGCCCUGUUCAACGAAGACAAUCAGGGUGAGGGCACUAUAGCUCAACAAGAUCUCCAACAGUAUUGCAAGACGCUCCUCGCACAAGGGUUCGGACUCAAGCCAAGUGCCGUAGUGGUCCGAAUGGGGGAAGAUGGUUGCUUCGUAGCUUCGCACACCCGAAAUGUUGCAUUGCCAGCGUACCAUACGCCAUUGAAGCACGUAAAACAGGAAGACCGUGCGACCUGGAAGAACAGAGUUACGGAUCCAACUGGGGGUGGCAACGCAUUCCUAGGAGGCUAUUGCAUAGGGUUGCUGAUGGACGAGUGGCGCGAUCUUGGGCCCGGCCUCACUGCAUUUGAAGGUAGUGCAUUAGUGGGCUCCAUCAGCGCCAGUUUCGCCAUCGAGCAAUCCGGAAUGCCAACGUUAAGUUACCAUGAAGGGAAAGAGCUGUGGAACGGUGAACGAAGUCUCGAUCGCUUAGACGUGAUGCGGGAGAGAGUCGAGAAGCUCGAUAUCACCAAAGUCUCUGGCGAGUUGUUCGACAAAUUUUCACCAUGGGAGGUCUCAAAGAGAUCUGCGGCGACUGGUACAACCUCACAACGUCUCGUACAUAGGCGAAGCACAAUAAAAGACGCGAGAACGCGGAUUUCAUGA